AUGAACUCAAUGGUUCUAGUUUGUUUGCUUCAUCAACAUUACAAGAAUUUACCGUCUUUAAACAAGUCAUGCAAGAAAAGCAAUUUCAUGAAAUUAAUCGUUUGCCAUGACAAAAAUGAAAAUCACUCUUUCCAUUUCCUGGAAAAAGAUUUUCCACAAACUUUUUCCUCGUCGUUUGCUCAUUCAUUAGCAUUUUAUGGACAUGCUGCUACAUCUAUUUACCAUUAUUUGAGCAAAGAAUGCAAAAUUGCUUCGCGAUGCUUCAUAAAUAUGCCUGAUUGUUCUAAGAAAGAAUUAAAUCUAAGAACAAGCAGAAGAGAUUCUAGAAGUGUCGAAGAACUUUCAUGA